AUGGACCGCUUCAUCAACAGCUUCAAGCGCGACCCAAACUCAAAGUUCUUCCCCAGCAGAGACCUCGACGACAUUGGCCCUCUCGAGAGCGUCAGGAGACACAACAAUGGCUCGCCCUUUUACGACCUGCGCCGCGCUGCGCUGGCGACGGCGCAUUCCAACGGACUGUCGAGGAAGCUCAAGGGCCGCCACUUGCAGAUGAUAGCUAUAGGGGGCUCCAUAGGUACCGGUUUGUUUGUGGCAUCCGGCAAAGCGCUGGCUGCGGGCGGCCCAGCGUCCCUGUUGCUGGCUUUCUCCAUUGUCGGCGCAAUGCUUUACUGCACAUGUCAGGCGCUCGGCGAACUCGCCGUCAUCUACCCCCUUGCCGGUUCAUUCUCUUCGUGGGCCACUCGUUUCCUUGAUCCCUCUUGGGGAUUUGCCUUGGGUUGGAACUACGCCAUGCAGUGGCUGACUAUCAUGCCCUUGGAGAUUAUUGCGGCAUCCCUAACCAUUGGAUUCUGGGAUAGCCAUCUCACCAGGGCCAUUUUCGUCACUGUAUUCCUCGUCACCAUCGUCACCAUCAACAUGUUUGGCGUAAAAGGUUAUGGUGAAGCCGAGUUUACGUUUUCCCUGAUCAAAAUUGUUGCCGUCAUCGGCUUCAUCCUCCUCGGUAUCGUCUUAAACUGCGGCGGGACUCCCACAAGCGGUUACAUCGGCGGCAAGUAUUGGCACGACCCCGGCGCUUUCAACAACGGCUUCAAGGGCCUCUGCAGCGUCUUCGUUACUGCGGCGUUUGCCUUUACCGGAACCGAACUCGUCGGAUUGGCGGCGGCCGAAACAGCAAACCCGAGAAAAUCGCUCCCAACAGCCAUCAAGCAGGUGUUUUGGCGCAUCAGCCUCUUCUACAUUGUCGCCCUGACGCUGGUUGGCUUGCUUGUGCCCUACAAUGACCCAAAGCUGACUGGCUCCAACAACAACGCGGACGCCCACGCCUCGCCUUUCGUCAUUGCCAUUACGUCGGCCGGCAUCGAUGUUCUCCCUUCGGUGAUGAACGCCGUUAUCCUCGUCGCCGUCCUGUCUGUCGGCAACUCAGCCGUCUUCGGUUCCUCGCGAACCCUCGCCGCCCUCGCCAAUCUCGGUCAGGCCCCUGAGAUCCUCGGCUACGUCGACCAGCGGGGACGACCCCUCGUUGCCAUCCUGGUGGCCGCAGCUUUCGGCCUACUGGCCUACCUCGCCGAUCUCAAGCAGCAGAAUUCGGUCCUCGACUGGCUCCUGGCCAUUUCAGGCCUUUCGUCCAUCUUCACUUGGGCUUCCAUCUGCCUCUGUCACAUCCGCUUCCGACGCACCUGGCAUGCCCGUGGCCACCAUCCUAGCGACCUCCCCUUCCAGUCCCAGGUCGGCGUCGUGGGCUCCUACAUUGGCCUCGGCCUCAACAUCGGCGUCCUGGCAGCCCAGUUCUGGGUCGGCGCCUUCCCCAUCCGCACAAAUAAUCAGCCUAACACGCCAGCGUCGCAGGCUGAAAACUUCUUUUUGAAGUGGAUGGGCGCACCAAUCGUCCUCAUCUUCUUCUUGGGCCAUAAAAUGUACUACCGCACGAGCUACGUGCGCAUCAAGGACAUGGACAUUGAUACCGGAAGAAGAGACUUCAAUGUCCCCAUCCUCGUGCAGCAGGAAAAGGAGGAGUAUGAGACUUGGCCGAAGUGGAAGAGAGUCUACAAGUUUUUGUGCUAA